UCAAGUCCGUCUCUGUGACCCUUUGGCCGGUCUGGAGCACGUGGACUCAACGUCCCUCUCCCCCAGAAUGCGCGUGCGGCGAUCUUCGGAUGCUGGCCGAGUCGGCUUCGCUUUAAUCAAAAUUUGUGUAUUUUUGCGUGCGAGUACCACGGUUUUUUUUUGCCCACGUUUUAUGGAAAUUCCGAUUUUUGUGGCGACGCGAGAUGCCGAGCAUCCACGGCGGGGGUCCCGCCUUAAUCCAUGAGCGCACAGCGAUCCAAAUGCUGCCCACUAUCCUACAGAAGCAUUCCAUUAAUUCUUUGCUUGACAAACACAUGUUGCCCGAAAUGCGCGGUGAACAACGGGAGGCGACCUCGGUCGCUGAUCUCUUCGGCUUAAACUCGCCCCGCGGACUCCUCAACUUCGGCAAUUCACAGUGGAGCCCCGGGAGCCCGCAAAGUGUCCAGUUAAAUGGCGACGACAUGAAGUUCCAAACGGGCACUUUGAACUACGCGAAUGCGCCGCCAGGUUUCAAAAAUCUAGAGAGAAACCCGUUGGGCAGCGCCGGCUCGAGCCCCGUCACCCCACCGGCCUUCCGUUCCAGAGCUCUGCGCGGCACGUCUUUAAGCGAUUCAUACGGCAGCAACAGUCCCGCGGUUCUGGAUUCGCCGUUCGUGAGCAAUACUUCCGAAUCGGAGUUUGGCGGGCACCAAGACGUAAAUCUGUCGGAUUUGCUGAAUUCGUUGACUUUAAAUGACAGUACGCCGAGGAAUUCGUCGGGCGGAUGUGACGACCAUGACGCAUCAAAUCCGCAAAACCUUCAGACGCUCAACGCGUUGAUGUGGCUGCAGCAGCAACCGCCCGCGUUGCUUAACUCGCUCCUGUUCGCCGCCUCCGGGCAAAACGGCGGCGGAGGCGUCCAGUCGCUUGACAAAUGGAACAACAACACGUCGGUUUUUAAUUCGCAGUCGGAGAGCUUCCAGUUGGACUGCGCCGCGCGGUUUCAUCGAUGCGCCGCUUCCGUCUACGAUGCGAUGUGCACGUGGAGCGGCAACCUACCGUUCCGCACCGACAAACCGAACGGCUUCUCGUGCAAAGUGUUCCUGGGGGGAGUGCCGUGGGACAUUUCCGAACAGUGCCUGGUCCAAACGUUCAAACCGUUCGGCCCCAUCAAGGUGGAGUGGCCCGGCAAAGAGAGGGACGCCUCCCAGCCCAGAGGCUACGUAUACAUCAUCUUCGAGUCGGAAAAGUCGGUCAAGGCGCUCCUUCAAAGCUCCACUAUGCAGGGCGGCAAUUGGUACUUCAAGCUCGGUUCGAAGCGGCUCAAGUACAAGGACGUGCAGGUGAUCCCGUGGUGCCUGAACGAGGCGAACUACACCAAGUCGGCGUCGCAGAAGCUUGACCCGAGCAAGACCGUGUUCGUCGGCGCGCUGCACGGCAUGAUCAACGCCCAAGGACUCGCCAAGGUCAUGAACGACCUGUUCGACGGCGUCGUCUACGCAGGCAUCGACACCGACAAGUACAGAUAUCCGAUCGGCUCGGGCAGGGUGAUGUUCAACAAUUACCGGUCUUACAUGAGGGCGGUGUCCGCUGCCUUCGUCGAGAUCCGGACGACCAAAUUUACGAAAAAGGUCCAAAUCGAUCCGUACCUGGAGGAUUCGCUGUGUACGGUGUGUGGCGUGCAACAGGGCCCGUAUUUCUGUCGCGACCUGCACUGCUAUCGAUACUUCUGCCGUUCCUGCUGGAACUGGCAACACUGCCUAGAGCUGCGCCACCACACGCCCAUGAGCAGGAACUCGAAGAACAAGCGGGUCGGCAACUUCAGCAUGAACUGA